AUGGGCGUCCCUUCUUUUUCCUGGAGGCGUGUUCUCCUCCUGGCCACCCUCGUCCCUGUUCAGUCCGUCACAGCCCUCACGAUCUCUGCCCUGCCUACUGCAGCCAACACCGUCCCUAUAGUGUCCUGUUCCACCGCCAGCGGUGAAAUGAUUGAGAAUGGGUCAUUUGAGGACAGCUGGGAUUACUGGUCCUAUACCAUCGACUACCCCUACAGAGGAACCGUCGGCCUGGUUGAAGCUGGCGCGAGUGGAAGCGGCUUCACCACCGCAGCCGAUGGCAGCCACUACGUCCAAACAGCCGGUAGCUCGCAGGCGUUCACCUUAAAGCGGACAAUCACCGGCCUGACACCGGGAAAGACAUACACAGUCUCCUUCAACUAUGCGACAAAACCGGAUUCCUGGAUGAAUAGCGGGCUUUGCUGGAGCUAUAUCUAUCAGGACUCCCUCAGCAACCAGAUCCUAUAUUAUACGAUUACCAUGCCCAAUAAGGUCGUCCCCUGGACUAAGUAUACAUACUCGUGGACGCCAACUGCUUCCAGCCACACCUUGUUUUUCAGGUAUAAUUGUGGUUUCUACAGCGCCGGCUACAUGGUGGGAUGGGACAAGUUCAGUGUGCAAGACCCCGAGCCAGCCACGACCUGCACCACUUCAUACUCGACGAUUGCAGUUCCGACACCAACUCCGAUCCCCUUAGAUGUGGUUACCCCUGUCGUGACUCCUUCCCCUGUCGUGACGCCGAGUUCCACCCCGUUGCUGUCGCCCUCGUCUUCCAUCCCUGUGAUUCGGACUUCCUCUUCUUCGAUUGUGGUUUCUAGCUCGACUCCGGUGUUGAUACCAUCGGUUUCGCCUAUUCCAAGCCCUAGCUCGGCUCUUCCGUCCAGUAUCCCUUCGUCCAGCAUCCCUUCGUCCAGCAUCCCUUCGUCCAGCAUCCCCUCGUCCAGCCCGGUUUCUCCAGUCGGAUCUUCGUCCUGGCCCCCUGUGCGUCCUUCGAGUCUGCCCCCGAUUCGUCCGUCUAGCCGACCACCAUUUGCGUCUCCAAGCAGCGUCAUCCCACCUCAAUCAUCUUCGGUUCCUGCCGCGCAGUCUUCUGGUACCCCUGUGAUCAAUCCAUCCAGCCAAUCUCAAUCUUCGAUCCAAGCUGCGGCGACAAGCAACAGCGCUGGAGCUGGGACCCCCGGCACCCCUGGCACCCCCGGCGCCCCUGUGAUCAAUCCAUCCAGCCAAUCUCAAUCUUCGAUCCAAGCUGCGGCGACAAGCAACAGCGCUGGAGCUGGGACCCCCGGCGCCCCUCCCCUUCCCACUGGCAGUACUCAAUCAGGUGCCCCGUCCUCUGGAAACGAGCAAAUGACCACGUCAACCGUCCUUAGCACUCGCACCAGCACUGUCACUGCGUGCCCAACCUCACUAACCGACUGCCCCAAAUCCUCUCAGGUCGUGUACCUGACCACGGAAACGAUCGUGGUGUCAACCACCGUCUGCCCCAUCACUGCUGUGCCCAGCGCAACAGGAAACCCCAGUGGAUCCCAGGGCGAACCGGUCACUACGAAGACCUUUUUCACCACGCGCGUCUCAACUAUCUACGAAUGUCCGGGCACAGUCACCGACUGCCCAUACCGUUCCAAGACUGCCUCCGUCACCACGGAAACACUUGUGGCGGGAACAACCGUCUAUACCGUUCCUCAUGCUCAGGCGACUGCUACUGGAGUAUCUCCCGUCGUAACCGCUCCUGCCGGCGGUUCCAGCCAGCCCAACAGAGAGACACUCACCACCGAGACGGUCUACAGUACCCGAACUUCGACCAUCUACGCCUGCCCGUCGACAGUGGUUAAUUGUCCAUACCGGUCCAAGACUGCGUCUGCGACGACGGAAACUCUGGUGGUCGGAACAACGGUCUACCCUAUCCCCGUGACUGCCACCGCAGCGCCAGUUCAUUCCGCUGGAUCUGUGACCACGGAGACCAUCUUGACAACGAAGGUCCAGACAGUGUACGAAUGCCCUCCCAGCGUGACGGAUUGUCCGCUCCGUCAGAAGACGGCAUCGUUGAGCACCGAGACUCUUGUUGCGGGCACAACGGUAUAUACAAUUCCUGGAGCGGCCGCUUCUGCGACGGCGCAGGCAGCGCCUCAUUCUCAGGUUGGAGGGGUUGUCUUGACUGGAUCCCCUGUGAUCCAGACCCUGACGGUCGCAUUGAACGGUCAGCUUACCACCGUGACCGUGACGGGAGUUGUUGCUUCCCCGACUGGCGCUGUCGGGGUCUCGGCCGCAGGUAGCUCUCCAUCGGACGACAAUGCCGGUUCCGGAUCUUCCAUGGAUGCCACCAAAAAUGGCAACGCUGGCAGUGUCUCCAACUCCGCUCCUAGCUCCUUCCACAUCGUCGUCAGCUCUACCGAGACUCCUACCACGGGGACUGUGACAGCUAACCCGGCUCUGUUUACGGGCGCUGCUCCGUCGAGCUAUGGCUCCAAGGUGCUGGGCGUGGUGUUUGCUCUUCUUGCUGUUGUGCUUGGCUUGCUGUGA